AUGUGGAAAUUAAUGGACGCCAUGAAUGACAUAUUCACCCAAAAAUCGGUUUCUUACCACCUUUCAAAUGUUGCAUGCACUGAGUGCGCUUUAAGGACAAAGCUGAUGAACGAAAAAUCAUUUUCUUGUCAUCAAGAAAACCAGACGUGUUUGAUUUACAGUACUUGUCACGUCAAGACUCGUCUGUUGACAUCUGAGUGGGAACCAAGUGAAGGAUGGAAACACUUCUGUACAGCUGUUCAUACGAUUACUUUCGACGGUGAUCCUUGGAUUAACAUAGGCACUCUUAUAACAAGAAGAACAUCGAUUCGAUUACAGAUAAAGGCGACCCAGGACGCUUACGUUGGUCUGGCGUCUGGGAACACCACGGCUAGCUCUGGAUAUUGGAUUGUACUGGGAGGAUGGUCCAAUACAAAAUCAUGUCUUCGAGACGGAUUUGUUUAUGGAAGUACCUGCUACUCGACGUCAAUAGGAUCCCAUCUUAGCGGUGCACAAUUCACAAAAUUUUGGAUCAACUGGCAGUCAAGUCGCAUUGAAGUUGGACUCGGUGAUACAUUUGGCCAUCAAUCAAUAUUCGACUAUACUUUUGCAAACGUUUAUCAAAUCAAUCACCUGUUACUAAGAAAUGCUUACAGCUCGCAAUGUGAAUGGAUCAUUUAUUUGUGA